AUGGGGCAUAGCGUUGGUGUGGUGCAGUCGGCGGCGGCGGUGAUAGCUUACAAUCUCAGACAGUCGUCAAGUUGGUGGCACGACAUCAAUGCCUCGCCGCUCUGGCAAGACCGAAUCUUCCACGGCCUCGCCAUUCUCUACGUCCUCGUCGCUUUCGUUGCCCUAGUUCAAUUGGUUGGGACACAGGUGCGAGUGCCGGAGUACGGCUGGACCACCCAGAAGGUCUUCCAAUUUCUCAAUUUUAUUGUCAAUGCAGUUCGAUCAGCAGUGUUUAUUUUCCGCCGGCAAGUACAGAAGCUGCAUCCAGAGAUUCUCCAACAUGUGUUGCUUGAUAUGCCAAGUUUGGCUUUCUUCACAACUUACGCGCUUCUGGUUCUGUUCUGGGCUGAAAUCUACUAUAAGGCGCGUGCUGUUUCUACAGAUGGACUAAGGCCGAGCUUCUUUACAAUCAACGCUGCGGUUUAUCUAGUUCAGAUAUCUAUGUGGUUGAUAUUAUGGUGGAACCCUAUCCCAGUCGUGGUCUUGUUAUCUAAACUGUUCUUCGCAGGGGUCUCCUUAUUUGCAGCCCUUGGAUUUCUUGUGUAUGGUGGAAGACUGUUUCUGAUGUUGCAGAGAUUUCCUGUGGAAUCGAAAGCAAGACGUAAGAAGCUGCAUGAGGUUGGCUACGUGACAACCAUAUGUUUUACGUGUUUCCUUGUGAGAUGCGUAAUGAUGGGCUUAUGUGCAUUCGACAAGGCGGCAGACCUUGAUGUUUUGAAUCACCUUCUAAACUUGAUCUAUUACCUGUUGGUGGAGAUAUCGCCUUCUUCUUUGGUUCUUUUCAUUCUGAGGAAGUUGCCUCCAAAGAUUGGGAUCACACAAUAUCAACCUAUUCGCGAUCGCGCUCUGAAGGUAUGA